AUGGACACGGCGGACGAUGAUUGGAACGAAUUUAAUGACAUAAAUAAAAUUAUAAUACGACAACCUAUUCGUACUGAAUACAAAAUUGCAUUUCCUUUUCUGUACAAUUCUCUCCCACGAUCCGUUCAUGUGUCAUGGUAUCAUGAACCAUCAGUAGUUUAUAUCCGUUCAGAGGAUCCGGACUUACCAGCGUUUUAUUUUGACCCUAUUAUUAAUCCUAUUUCGUCACGUAAUCUUACACCACAAAACUUGGUAAUAUCUCAUGAAGAUGAAAUUUUCGGCGAUAAAGAAGAAGAUGAGGAAUUUGUACUUCCAGAGAAAAUAUCUCCAUUUUUGGAGAGCACACCACUUUAUACGGAUACUACUGCUGACGGGAUCGCUUUAUGGUGGGCUCCGCAUCCAUUUAAUAAACGUAGUGGACGAAUGCGGAGAGCAGAAGAUAUACCCUUGGUGAAGAAUUGGUAUCUUGAACAUUGCCCGCCAGGACAACCUGUUAAAGUUCGAGUAUCAUAUCAAAAGCUUAUAAAAUGUUAUGUGCUAAAUGCACUAAAACAUAGACCACCAAAAGCUUUAAAUAAGAAAUAUUUGUUCCGUCAGUUGAAAUCCACAAAAUUCUUCCAAACAACUGAACUAGACUGGGUUGAAGCCGGAUUACAAGUCUGUCACAAGAUAAUUGGCGAUGAUGGGGAAUCACGAAAAGUUAUUUCACUUACUUCUGGUCGCAGCAUGAUGUACCGAGUUACCUGCGAUUAUGGAAAUUCAUCUGAUAACUUAUGGGAAGAGGAUGGGUUUGUUUGCAAUGAUGCUCACCUUCUCGUAGUUAAGUCUCGAUAUUAUCCGCGUACCGAACUGAAAUCGACACAACAAACGUUUUAUGUUCACUAUAUGGAAUUCGAUGUUUUUGACGAAGAACUUGGAUUUAACAUUCCGAAAUUAAAAGUUGCUAACUUUUCAUGGAACAAAAACGUAUAUAGAUCUUGUGCUAUUGCAAAAGCUGCGGCGAAGAGAAUAGUUACGCAACAGGAAGCUGAAAAACAAGCUUUAAUGUUUGCUGCAGAACAAUUAAAAAACAAUAACAAUUAUAUUUGGGAAAUUUCUGUUAUAGACUUUCUUCGGUUUAAGGAAAAGUAUCCUGAUACUGCGCAAUAUUUUGGAAUGUUCCCAGAUCCAAGUGCUCUUGAUAUAAACCUUCUAAUUCGAGAAGCUUACGAGGAAGUUGGUGUUAAUGAUAACUACAUAACAGAAAAUGAAUUUGGUUGGUUAUUGUCCCUAUGGCUUGGUGAUGGUUUGGAAGAUUAUCCAGCGUUUUAUUGUGAUGUGAAAAAAUAUCCUACCAUAGUAACCAAAUUAAAAACUAUUGCUGAAAAAUUAAGAUUACAACUUGUGAUAACACGUGAUAGUAACCAAGUGGGAGAAUAUUGGAAUAUAUUGCUUUCCGCAACACCUAAAGGUACUUUUAGUUCAACACAGAGUUGUGAUGAAUUUGGAAGUGUCAUUGUAGACAAGGACGUGUGGACAUUUGAGUCUAACAAAAAUGAUAGAAACAUUAUGAGUAUUCUUCUAAAACGGUUGGACUUAUUUCAAAAUAAGAAAUUGUUUGAUGAAGUAUUAGUUGGAAAAUUAACGAAUCAGUCCCAAGAGUUUCGUCUAAAUCUCUUGGCUGGAUUUAUCGAUUCUGAUGGAUAUAUGGCUUGUAAUAGGCGAAAUUGCUACUACGUGUUUGUACAACAAGUAAAUACCCAUGCGCAUAUUGCCAAAUUUUGCCGUCAUGUUGCACGUUCACUAGGAAUGAGUGCUACUGGAUAUUCUUAUUACAACGAGCAAUUAUUCAGCAACGGUGCAGCCACAAAUUUUGUUCGAAUUAAUAUUAGUGGGUCUAAGAUAUUGGAAAUUCCAGUUACUGUCAGCUAUAAAUGUAUUCCCGAAGGUUACUUAUCAACGACAUUUGAUGAUCCAAACGGUUUAAUAAAAUUUAAAAUUGAAGCUCUUCAUGAGGAUGAAUAUUAUGGCUUUGAAGUUACUGGAAAUAAUGAGCGAAUUUUGUUGGAUGAUUUUAUGGUCUCUCAUAAUUGUAAAGAUUUGAAGCACCUUAUAUACUAUCGAUUUAAUACCGGUCCGGUUGGAAAAGGGCCUGGUUGUGGAUUUUGGGCACCAGGAUGGCGAGUUUGGUUAUUCUUCAUGAGAGGCAUAGUCCCUCUUUUAGAACGUUGGCUUGGGAAUUUAUUGGCUCGUCACUUUGAAGGUCGUCAUUCUAAGGGAAUUGCAAAGACCGUAACUAAGCAGCGUGUAGAAUCUCAUUAUGAUCUUGAACUUCGUGCUGCAGUCAUGCAUGAUAUUCUAGAUAUGAUGCCUGAAGGUAUCAAAGCAAAUAAAUCAAAGACUAUAUUGCAACAUUUAAGUGAAGCUUGGAGAUGUUGGAAAGCAAAUGUCCCAUGGCAUAUAAUGGGAAUGCCAAAACCUAUUGAGAAUAUGAUUUUAAGAUAUGUUAAAAGUAAAGCAGAUUGGUGGACUAGUGUAGCACAUUAUAACCGUGAAAGAAUUAGAAGGGGUGCAACAGUUGAUAAAACGGUUUGUAAGAAAAAUCUCGGUCGUUUGACGCGUUUGUGGUUAAAAGCUGAACAAGAGCGUCAACAUAAUUAUCUUAAAGAUGGUCCUUAUAUUACUGCAGAGGAAGCAGUAGCUAUAUAUACGUCCACUGUCCAUUGGUUGGAAAGUCGUAAAUUUUCACCAAUUCCAUUCCCACCUCUUUCUUACAAGCAUGAUACAAAAUUAUUAAUAUUGGCUCUUGAAAGGUUGAAAGAAGCGUAUAGUGUUAAAGGACGUCUUAAUCAAAGUCAAAGAGAAGAAUUAGGAUUGAUCGAACAAGCAUACGAUAAUCCGCAUGAAGCGCUUAGUCGUAUUAAACGUUUAUUGCUGACACAGAGAGCCUUUAAAGAAGUCGGAAUUGAAUUUAUGGAUCUUUAUAGUCAUUUGAUUCCGGUAUUUGAUGUCGAACCACUCGAAAAAAUCACCGACGCCUACCUUGACCAAUAUCUUUGGUAUGAGGGUACAAAGAGGAAUUUAUUCCCAGCAUGGGUCAAACCAUCAGAUACUGAGCCUCCACCAUUGCUUGUUUACAAGUUUUGCCAAGGCAUUAACAAUUUGACAGAUGUCUGGGAAACAUCAGAAGGAGAGAUUAAUGUAAUGUUGGAAACACAAUUUAGUAAAGUUUACGAAAAGAUUGAUUUAACUCUAUUGAAUAGGCUUUUAAGAUUAAUCUUGGAUCAUAAUCUUGCUGACUACAUGACCGCAAAGAAUAAUGUGGUACUUAACUAUAAAGAUAUGAAUCACGUAAAUGCAUAUGGUCUUAUUCGUGGAUUACAAUUUGCUAGUUUUAUAUUCCAAUAUUAUGGGCUUAUUCUUGAUUUGUUGGUUAUUGGACUUCAAAGAGCUUCAGAAAUUGCUGGUCCUCCUCAGAUGCCAAAUGAUUUCUUACAGUUUCGAGAUGUCGCUACAGAGACUCGACAUCCUAUUAGAUUAUAUUGUCGAUACAUAGAUAAAAUUCAUAUUUUCUUCCGCUUUAAUGCAGAUGAGGCUAGAGAUCUAAUUCAACGUUAUUUGACCGAACAUCCAGAUCCCAAUUCAGAAAAUAUUGUUGGCUACAACAAUAAGAAAUGCUGGCCUCGAGAUUGCCGCAUGAGAUUAUUUAAAAGUGAUGUUAACGCUGGAAGGGCUGUAUUCUGGGAUAUAAAGAAUAGGUUACCUCGUUCGCUUACUACAAUAGAAUGGGAAGAUACUUUUUGCAGUGUUUAUUCUAAAGACAAUCCAAAUGUUUUGUUCUCUAUGUGCGGUUUCGAAGUUAGAAUUCUUCCGAAGAUCCGAAACCUUAACGAGGAAUUCACGCUUAAAGAUGGAGUUUGGAACCUAAUCAAUGAACAAACAAAAGAAAGAACGGCACAGGCCUUCCUUCGCGUUGAUGAAGAAUCAAUGCAAAAAUUCCAUAAUCGUGUUCGUCAAAUAUUAAUGGCUAGUGGAUCAACAACAUUCAGUAAGAUCUCAAACAAAUGGAACACUUGUCUUAUUGGACUGAUGUCCUAUUUUAGAGAAGCUGUCGUGCAUACACGUGAAUUAUUGGACAUAAUCGUGAAAGCGGAAAAUAAAAUUCAAACAAGAAUUAAGAUUGGGCUUAACUCAAAAAUGCCUUCUAGAUUUCCACCAGUUGUAUUUUAUUGUCCAAAAGAAUUGGGUGGACUUGGAAUGUUAUCUAUGGGGCACGUUCUCAUACCGCAAAGUGAUCUUCGAUGGAGUCAACAAACAGAGACUGGGAUAACUCAUUUCAGAUCAGGAAUGAGUCAUGAGGAAGAUCAGCUAAUACCAAAUCUUUUCAGAUAUCUUCAACCUUGGGAAUCAGAAUUUAUUGACUCUCAACGUGUGUGGGCUGAAUAUGCACUUAAACGCCAAGAAGCUAAUGCUCAGAAUAGGAGGUUGACUCUUGAAGAUCUUGAAGAUUCUUGGGAUCGUGGAUUACCAAGAAUAAAUACUUUGUUUUCCAAAGACCGACAUACCCUAGCUUAUGACAAGGGAUGGCGUGUUAGAACAGACUUCAAGCAAUAUCAAGUAUUAAAGAAUAAUCCUUUCUGGUGGACACAUUCUAGACAUGAUGGAAAAUUGUGGUGUCUUAAUAAUUACCGAUCAGAUAUGAUUCAAGCUUUAGGAGGUGUAGAAGGAAUCUUAGAACAUACACUCUUUAAGGGAACAUACUUUGUUACAUGGGAAGGUCUGUUUUGGGAAAAAGCAUCAGGUUUUGAAGAGAGUAUGAGAUAUAAGAAAUUGACAAAUGCUCAGCGUUCUGGUCUAAACCAAAUCCCUAAUCGUCGAUUUACAUUAUGGUGGUCACCGACAAUUAAUCGAGCAAACGUAUACGUUGGUUUUCAAGUUCAACUUGAUCUUACGGGUAUCUUUAUGCAUGGAAAGAUUCCAACCUUAAAGAUUUCGUUGAUUCAGAUUUUCAGAGCCCAUUUAUGGCAAAAGGUGCACGAAAGUGUUAUCAUGGAUUUAUGUCAAGUAUUUGAUUCGGAACUUGAGAGCUUGCAAAUUGAAACUGUGCAAAAAGAGUCUAUUCAUCCCAGAAAAUCAUACAAAAUGAACUCAUCAUGUGCUGAUAUAUUAUUAUUCGCUUCAUAUAAAUGGAACAUUUCUAAACCUUCACUAUUGAACGAUAACAAGGAUGUUAUGGAUGGAACAACAACGUCAAGAUGGUUUGUAGAUUGUCAGCUAAGAUGGGGAGAUUUUGACUCUCAUGAUAUUGAAAGGUACACAAGGGCAAAAUUCCUAGACUAUUCUACUGACAAUAUGAGCAUAUAUCCAUCACCGUUUGGUAUUAUGAUUGGUAUCGAUUUGGCAUAUAAUCUUCAUAGUGCUUAUGGCCAUUGGAUUCCAGGAAUGAAACCAUUAAUUCAAUCCGCGAUGGCUAAAAUCAUGAAAGCCAAUCCAGCAUUAUAUGUUUUGAGAGAACGUAUCAGAAAAGGUUUACAAUUAUACAGUUCAGAACCUACUGAACCAUAUUUGUCGUCCCAAAAUUAUUCUGAAUUAUUUUCGAAUCAAAUCAUCUGGUUCGUGGAUGAUACGAACAUCAUUCACACAUCAGUCUGGGCCGGGCAAAAACGUUUGGGUCAAUUAGCUAAAUGGAAAACGGCUGAAGAAGUAGCUGCCUUGAUUCGUUCAUUGCCGAUUGAGGAACAACCUAAACAGAUUAUUGUAACAAGAAAGGGGAUGUUGGAUCCUCUUGAAGUGCAUUUACUUGAUUUCCCAAAUAUUGUUAUUAAAGGAAGUGAGUUACAAUUACCGUUCCAAGCUUGUCUCAAGCUUGAAAAAUUCGGAGAUUUGAUAUUACGUGCUACAGAACCUCAAAUGCCUCAUCAUAUUUGGCCAACGUUAAGUGACGAAGAAUGGAUUAAAGUUGAAGUUGCGCUUAAAGAUUUAAUUUUAGCUGAUUAUGGAAAAAAGAACAAUGUUAAUGUCGCUUCUCUCACGCAAUCUGAGAUUCGUGAUAUCAUACUUGGUAUGGAGAUUUCUGCACCAUCUCUUCAACGCCAGCAAAUUGCAGAAAUUGAGAAACAAACGAAAGAACAAAGUCAACUUACUGCAGUUACAACCAAGACUCAAAAUGUGCAUGGUGACGAAAUGCUUGUUGUUACUACAAGCAAUUACGAGACACAAACAUUUUCAUCAAAGACUGAAUGGCGUGUGCGAGCUAUUUCAUCAACAAACUUACACCUUCGUACUAAUCAUAUCUAUGUUAAUGCUGAAGAUAUAAGAGAUACUGGCUACACUUAUGUCCUUCCAAAGAACGUACUCAAACGUUUCAUUCAAAUCUCCGAUCUCCGCACUCAAAUUUCAGCUUAUUUGUAUGGAACUUCACCACGUGAUAAUGCUCAAGUCAAAGAAAUUAGAGCAUUGGUUAUUGUUCCGCAAUAUGGCACGCAUCAAACAGUUAAUUUACCUAAUAUGCUUCCAGAUCAUGAACAAAUUAGAGAUCUUGAACCACUCGGACUUAUUGUCACGCAGCCGUUUGAAACCGCACAACUUUCUCCAACUAUUUUGUCUUUACAUGCCAGAAUAGUAGCAGAUAAUAAGAAUUGGGAUGGCGAUAAGACAAUUACAAUGACUGUGAGCUUUACACCCGGAUCAUGCUCUCUUACAGCUUAUAAAUUAACACCUGCCGGAUUUGAGUGGGCUCGUAAUAACAAAGAUACAUCGAUGAAUCCACCAGGUAUAUUAUUAAUUAUUAACUUUUCUAUUAAAUUCGUAGGUUAUCUUCCAACAUUUGCAGAAAAAGUCCAAAUGUUGCUCUCAGAUCGAUUUAUGGGAUUCUUCAUGGUUCCGGAAAACGAUAUUUGGAAUUAUUCAUUCAUGGGUCCUAGUCAUAGUACAA